CCUAAAAAGUCAGAUUAGAUUUUUAUCAAACCAAAUUCAUGCGCUUACUUCUAGCUGUGUGUAAGGGAUCGUGAUUCGGUAAAAUCAAUCAAUAUCAUGAUUUCUGUGGAAGCUAGCUAUAAACACAGACUUUCUAUUUUAUGGUUUUAAGGCUAGAUAAGGGGAUAUAAAGCGAGCUGCGCAUUUACACAAUCUUUAAACACUUGACGGGAGCGCGUGGACUGAAAGAGUUUUUUUUUUCUUCUGUCCCUGAUUGGCUGAAGAGUUUUUAUCUGCUUGACUCAGUUAUCAACAAACAGUGUUUAUGCCACUGAAGCAUUGUUAAACGCCAUUCUGUCGUGUUUUUUGAAGUCAACCCUCAUUUUUUUCAGACAUUAACGGACCAGCCACUGAACGGAUCUCAAACGUUGAAGAAAAUGAUUCACGGGCUCGUUUUGUUCUGUUUAUUUUUUUCUCCUCUGAUCGGCGCUGAGACGCUUGAGAUCGUGUCAGCGAUGGAGGGAGAGUCGUUCACUCUCCGAACUGGUUUUACUGAAAGACAGGGCGAUCAAGACAUCGAGUGGAGGUUUGGAUCCAGCAGGACUUUGUUAACCAGAAUAAAGUCAGGAAACAUCAUUACAUCCAGUCACACGGUAUUCAGAGACAGACUGCAGCUCGACAGACAGACUGGAGAUCUCACCAUCACAGACAUCAAUAAUGAACACACUGGAGUUUAUGAACUAAGUAUCGAUCUCGGACAGACAGAGUUGCAAAAAAAAUUCAUUGUCACUGUUUAUGCUCCUGUGCCCGUUCCUGUCAUCACCAGAUACUCUCCUCAGUGUUCAUCAUCCUCAUCAUCAUCAGGGUUCAAAAGUGUGCUGUUGUGUUCAGUGGUGAAUGUGAGUCAUGUGACUCUCUCCUGGUACAAAGGAAACAGUUUAUUGUCAAGCAUCAGUGAGUCUGAUUUCAGGAUCAGUCUCUCUCUUCCUCUGGAGGUGGAAUAUCAGGAUAUAAACACCUACAGCUGUGUGAUUAACAAUCCUGUCAGCACCCAGACCAGACACCUGGACAUCGAUCAACUCUGUCAGACAUGUUCAGACUGUGACAAAUGGAGUCAAAAGGAGCUGUGAUCCGAUUGGUCGUCU